ACCUGCGGAAGCCAUAAACCCUCCAUCUACUUCAACUCGUCUCCAUCCAUCCUUCGUCCUAAAACCCUCGUCACAUCUCUCUUCCUCUUCCCUUUCAAACUUAUUAACAAACACAUCAUGAGCUCUUUCACCACCAACUUCGACAAUCUCCUCCUCCAGACCUUGAUGGGCCGUCUGCAAAUCCACCCGCCUCCACGACACAACAACCCUCUCCUUUCCCAAUCCCUCGAAGACCUCCUCUUUGACGCUGCCAAUCUCUCUGAUUCCGACGAUGAUGCCAACGACAGCAACACCCAGCUCGCCAAACAAGAAUCUAAGCUCGAGAAGGAUGUUAUUCGCAUCAUCCUCUCGGGAAACACCGAUUCCUUGAAACCCAACUCGGGCCACGCGGUCACAAUAGGGGACCACCAUAUUUGUGUUGGAUUUCAUGAGGAGAACAGAUCGGAUUAUCGGGUAUGGGAGUGGCACGGCCAUAUAAUGUUGUUUGACGAGGAGAAUGGGUACACGCCUGAGUAUAUAUAUGGAAAUUACUUUGAGAGAUUGCAGGCGAACGCACGCGGGCCCAGAAAAGAGGAAAAACAGCAAGUGGAGGAGGAGGAGGAGGAAAAGGUAGAGGAAGUGGGUAACAAGGGGCUGAGGGAGUUGAUCGAUGCAGGGGAUUCAUGCGGAGGUCGCAUUCUUCACCGCAAUAUCAAUGCGGGCUCGCCAAGGUUUUAGUUGAGAGAUUGGCUUCUUCAAAGCAAGCAGUUUAUGUGUUGAAGUGGAAGGCUGCUUUCAGUGUCACUCAGUCUCAUCCCAAUUGCCUGCUCCGAAUUGAGGGUACUGUAGAUCAUUUAAGCAGUUCCCCCAGUGUUACCGACGCUCAUCUUGUGUCUGCUGUAGUUUCUCUAUCUUGACUGAAAAUAUAUGUUGAACAGACCACAGUAGUUGGUUUAGUAUUUUUGAGACAUUGUUUUGUUUGAUUACCUUUUUUUAUAUUUAAAAAGCAUAAUAUAUCUGUGC